AUGUCUACAACAGGCGUACAAAACGUAAAUUUAAUCUUUACCGACUCUAGUACUGGUCAUCCAUAUGUUAUUUAUGUUAAGAAAGAUGUACCAGAUAGAGAUAAUUUAAUGAUAAUAAUACAGAACCACGGUGGCGUGAUGACAGAGGAUCCAAGGGCCGCUCAGUUUAUACUUGCAAACCCUCGAAAAGAUACAACAGAGCCUGGCCAAUACUCCUUCAUGUUCGCUCUUGACUCUAUUAAAGAAGGCUGUUUACAACAGCCGGCCAACUAUCUCAUGAAAGUCAGGACAAGAAAAAUCGGUCGUGCUCACUAUACAAAAGAAGAGGACGACAAAUUGGUUCAGUUUGUGUUAGAACAACAAAGAUUAAACAGUCAUCUGAAAGGAAAUGAGAUAUAUAAACAAAUAGAGCCAGAGUUUCCAAGGCACACGUGGCAUUCAUUGCGUGAUCAUGCGCUGAAGAAGAUAAUACCUAACUUGCAACAUUAUCAACAAGCGGCACCGGUUAUUGAGGUUAUUGAGGAAAAAUCAACUUCUCAGUCAUCACCCACCAUCCAAUCCAACUCGUCUUUUGACUUGAUGUCCGCGACUUCCCCUGGUAGUUCUACCCCGAUUAGUGUUACUACCCCCAUUGCUACGACUUCAACCCCGAUCAGUACAAAUCUUGGAGGAACGUAUCCGGAGUACUUUUAUUCUGAAAGCGAGGCAGUAGGCACAGCAGCUUCUGCUAAGCGACGGAGGGCAGAGCUAAAGUUUGGAAACCAAUCGGAAGGGCCCAAGACGCGUGAGUUGGAGUGGGAUGAUCGAAACAUUAUGAAUAUCUUUGAAGAACACAUUAAGAAGAAACCAGGCUCGAAGAAAUGUCCGUUGCGUUAA